GGUCUGUUUUUGGGGGCGGAUGCUUUUUAGGCAGUCGAUGCACGCACAAACGUGUACUCUGUAUACUAACACGUACUGGCUAUCAUGUCAUUGUAUUGAGUCCGUACUAUCGGGUUAGCCUGUCUCUCACCUAACAGCGGCCAUGUAGCUGUAUUAGGACUUGAGGUUGACGCUACAGGAUUGUGGCGAUUAUCCGAAAUUGCGUACUCGAUUCGGCUCCAUGGUGCCAUAGGCGACGUCUAAAUAAUAGUAUUUUUACUGAACAAAAAUACAUCUGCCAAUAAGCAUUUAUUAAUAAGGUAUUUGUCGACAAACAAGAAAAUUGCAGUCAUUCGUUUUUGUUAAUUAGAUAAUAGUAGUAGUUUCGCAGCGGAGCAAAAUAAAACAGGAUCUGAAUGGGCCUCGAUGCUUUGUUGCUGAUAGGCCAACGCAGUGGUGUAUACCGGUGCAAAUCAAAAUGAACAAGUGGCCUAUCGUUACGGGUGGAUUUUUGUGAAGGACAAGUGUGGUGCUUCGAAACGUGGUACAAGAACUUACAUACGGGACUACUAAUAGGAAUACGAAGUUAAUGGAAACACAUCGGCUACAAUAAUCUCAACGGUAGUGACCUUCAACGAAGCUAUGUAAAUCCGGACAAAGAUGGAAGCGAGAUUCGACUUAGGCGCAUCGACAUCCAUCUGGCGUUGUCUGAACCUAUUCCAUUCAAGUGUGCCCACAUUACGGUCAUUUUAUUUCAUCUAUACGGCGAUCGUUAUAUAUAUUGGUCCGAUACCCUUAUGUACCGGUCAGGAGGAUCCGCUGACAUUAUGGCAGAGAGAGCAUAAUGAUCAGAAUAUGUUAAACGUCAUCAACGAAUUUGGAAAUGUUCGCCAGGUGGCAGACAACGACGACGUGAAAUAUCUGGUGCUCGCCUCGAAUACGGUACGUCCAGGUCAAAUCUUUCGCGUGCAUCUUCAUCUGAUUAAAGCACCUUACCCGCUCACCGUGCGAACAUCCCUUUCAUGUGACAGAAAUGAAGUGGCCGCAGGAAGCGAAGUGAUUGAGGCUGGCGAGAGUACGAUCAUUUUAUUACAGGUACCUCAUAACGCAAAAAAAGGCCGCUAUGUUUUCCAAGCGCAGGGUAACACAGGUGGUGCACUUGGAGGAACUUCCUUUUGGGAGGAACGCGAAGUCAUCUUCAAACCCCAAUUCCUCACCAUUCUUAUUCAAACCUCACAACUUGUCUACAACCUAGAACAAAAGAUUGCAGCCCGCAUUGUACUUCUUACAACAGAGCUUAAACCGUACGAAGAUCCUGUGGACGUUUUUCUAUUGGACUCGCGCGGAAUCGUACUCAAACGUUGGACUUCACGCUAUCCUUACCUUGGCGUAAUUAGCGUUUCAUUCGACCUUCCCGAAGAAUACGAACCAGGAUGGUGGACUAUACGGACACAGGUUCUUAAUCAGGUUGAGGAGAAGCGCAUUCUACUGGAAAGAUGGUACACAGAACGCUUUGACGUCUACGUCUCGAUGCCGCCAUUUUUGGUGACGACCGACGAAUAUCUGGAGGGUGACAUCACGGCGAAUUUUACAAACGUUGCUCCGACAUAUGGCAACCUCACAGUUCGGGUACUCGUGAAGCCGUUCAGUAGAUCGACGAAAACAAGGAGACCAAUUACCUUAACCGACAACUUCAUUGAGGACUAUGUUCAUGAUUUUCGUGGCGCGUACCACUUUCAAUAUUCGUUGAAGCAGCUUGCAUCGCUGGCCUAUCCUUACCACCUGUCCUAUUGCGAGAUUGAGGUUCAUGCAAGCAUCGGCGAACGAUUCAUUGAUGUCAUCGUGGACGGCUUCUCCAAAGCGCGCAUUGUCAACGACUCAAUCACAAUCACUAUCCUUGGCGAUAAACCGCUCAUAUUCAAGCCUCACAUGGAGUUUUACGUUUACGUCCAAGUAAGUUACCACGAUCAGGUGAAACUACCCGAAAAGGUACUGAACGAUGGAACAAUCAGCGUAACAUUAGUUGCUUCUGGGGACUUUGGUCGUCUUGAGAUUAGUCACCGAGACCAUAAACUCGAUAGUAAUGGAGUGGCAAAAAUAAGAGAGCUUGCUCCUGAUAGGACAGAACGUAUUUAUAUUCAGGCCGUUUUCCAUUUAGAGGGCGUAGCUGUUGCGGCCGCCGAAGAACGAAUGUUGGCUUAUUAUAGGCAAGAUAACCGACAGCUUCAAGUUACCACAAGUACUACGGAGGGUGUAGCUGGAGAAUACGCGAUCUUGCACGUGCGAUCCAAUUUCUUCCUUAAAAACUUUUAUUACUUGACCAUUUCGAAAGGGGCUGUCCUUCAGCAAGGCCGUAUGGCCGUCCAUGGUGUGGACCACACAGUGACAUCGUUAGCCAUUCCCCUCAGUGCCGAGAUGGCACCCUCACUUCGAGUGGUCGUCUACGUUAUUGAAGAGAAAAGUUAUGAAAUAAUAGCUGAUUCUGUCACACUCCCGGUCCGCGGCAUCAACCGAGGAAAUUUCCGUGUUUGGAUUAACAAGCAGCAGGAUCGACGCGGAGAUUUGGUCGAAGUGGUAGCUGAUUAUACAACAGAAGCUAUUGUCUGUAGUACCAGCCUUGAUACGGAUCUUAUAGCGAAUCAAGGUCGUAACGACAUAACGCCAGUAGAAGUCAUUCGAGCUUUACUGCGAAUGGAGACCAAUGGAACGCAACUUAUUGGGGGCAUAGCUAAGGAUCGCAACGGAGGACCGGAUGAGAUUUUCUUCUAUGCGACGCUCAACGCUGCUCCUGAUGCCAACAAAACUUUUGACUACGCUGGUUUGGUUCUGUUUACCAAUCUGGUAUUGACCCAGUUCUACGAUGAGACCUGCAAUUCUAGUGAUAGGCUCGCAUGUCGCACAGGUUCCCAGUGCUACUUUGUCCGAGAGAGGUGUGACGGCCUGCGCAAUUGUGAAGACGGUUCAGACGAAUCCGGUUGUGGAGAUUUGCUUCGGGAAGACGAAGAUUCAUUUCUGUUUCACGUGUUCCGUCGGAACCGAUUUAACAAUUUCUUUGAUGCGACCGGGUCUAUGUUUGGGUACCAUGACAUCUAUAUGGGGAAUCUUCGACAAAUCUUUACUAAGACAGAGAUUCCUAAGGCUUCUACGUUGUAUCACGUAAACGCGAUCGCCAUCAGCAAGGAGUUUGGUUUUCAGGUCCUGAAAAAGCCUGUGCUACAUGAUAGUACCCGUCCAUUCUUCAUGACCACCGAAGCUCCUACCGAGGCUGUCUAUGGUGAGCAGAUUGGCAUACGAGUCAUUCUAUUCAAUUAUCAGCACUUUGAGAUUCAGGCCGAGCUGAUUUUGCACGACUCUGAUGACUAUCGUUUCGUUCAUGUUGAACCGUUUGGUGUCGUCCACACCUAUUCGCCCCGAACAACCCGUGGAGAGCACCAGCAUGUUGUAUUUAUUAAGGCGUGGCAGCACAUCAUUAUCCACGUUCCUGUGGUGUCGACACGUGUCGGGGAGGUCACGUUCAGACUGACAGGACGUACACAGGUGGCUAAUGAACAAGCGGAAAUUACGGUGAACUUUCUGCCCGAUGGCGUUGGUCUGCAAAUGCAUCUGGCUAUGAUGUUCGACAUGCGAGCGAUUAGCAAGAAUCUGAAGUACUUCGACUUCAAUAUUACCGAUACGCCGAUUAUACCGUUUAACGAGACGCAUAGAAGAUACAUGUUUGAUUCUUGUAACGCAAGAAUAUCGGUCAUCGGUGACGUAGUGGGCGCGAGUUCUGUCGAUAUUCCCGUACCUCUCGAAGAAUUCGGGUUCGCCACAGGAGUCCAAUCUGGUGAACAUGCGUUAUUUGACUUCGGCUAUCACCUAGCUGUACUACAUUAUCUGCGACUCACCAACCAAAUGAAUCCAGAUUCGUCGAAGAAAUUGUUUGACCAUUUAAACAAAGUCCUCGUCGACCAGAUAGGCUAUUUUCAGGCUGGCGGUUUUGCCAUGUACAAGGGCGAGCCUAGCGUUUGGUUGACAGCCCUUGCAGCGAAGAUCUACCAUUCUGCAAUCUUUCCGGAUUGGGAGUAUAAGUUCUUGUUUAUUGACCCUGAACUCAUCGAACGCUCGGUGCGGUUCCUGCUGCAGUGCCAAGAUGCGCAAUUUGGCAAUUUUUAUGAAGUCAGUGGUUUGUCACAUAAUCGGCGCCACAGAGCAUUCAUGCUGGAUGAUCGGCGUCUGAUGCGCAAUUUCCACAACGUCUCGUUAACUGCUCACGUUCUUAUAACGCUUGCCAAAGUGACUGACACCAUCACAGGACCGAUAUUGGGCGAGUUAGCGGUUGCUAAGAAGGCGGCUGUACGUUAUUUAGAGGAGCACAUGCCACGCUUACGAAAUUCAUCCUACCACAUGGCCAUCACAACGUAUGCGCUCAAGCUGGCUGAUUCUAUUCAAGCAGAAACCGGAUGGACGAUCUUGCAAACCAUGCGUCGUGAAACAGAGGGUAUGAUCUAUUGGUCUUCAGUGGAUAUAGGGCCGGCCACGAUCGUCUGGGAAGCUCAGCGACCCUUCUAUUAUGCAAAUAUGCCAGCCGAGGACGACGCGCUUGGUGUUGAAACAACUUCAUACGCCCUUAUGCUCAUGAUGGAGUUCGGAUCCCAAGACGACGAAAGUCAGGUUGUUCGAUGGCUGAACUGGAUGAGAUAUACCGAUUUUGGAUUUGUUGGAACCCAGGAUACCCUAUUGGCAAUGGAGGCAUUGACACGCUAUUCCUUCCGGACGCAUAUUCGUGAUGUAACCGAUCUGAAGGUGUCAGUUCAGAUAAGCUCGGUUCCUGGAACGUCUCGAAGCCUCUUCAUUAAUAAAGAGAAUCUCGCAGAACGAAAAUUCGUAUCGGAAGGACCAAAUGUUUUCGGUCAUGCGGAGGUUAUCGCCGAGGGCGCGGGUCUUGCCAUCGUUCAGAUGGACGUCACGUAUAACGUAGAUCGGGACUAUCUUCUCGUUCCCCCAGCCCAGGACGCGUUCGAUCUCAAGAUGAGUACUCGUUAUUGGGGUCGUAACAAGUCGCAUGUUGAAAUUGAGACUUGUACAAGGUGGACUCUGACUCGUGUGGGAAACAUGAGUGGUGCUGCGGUUGUAGAGAUAAUAGUUCCAUCUGGUUACUAUCACUACAGGCCUGUCAUCGAUCAAUACGUGGCCAGUGGGGAGCAGCCUAGACUAAAAAGGGCCUUCCUCGCAGAAAGGUCGGCGGCGUUCAUGUUCGAUGCGAUUCCAGCUUUUCAGUGGACGUGUUUCAAGUUCCAGAUGCAACGAUGGUUUCCUAUUGCUAAUUCUUCAAGAUACCUCAAAGCGAAGGUGUACGAAUACCAUGCGCCUGAGAACUACAAGGAGAAAAUUUUUGAAAACCGUGACCUGUGGGUGCUCAACAUAUGCGAAGUGUGCGGUUCUUAUCAGUGUCCAUACUGUCCAUUCUUCAGCGGAACGAGCACCAUCUUAGCAGGUCACAAUCUGUCAACUGGAGGAAUCAUCAUUUCUACUUAUCUAAUAAGUUGCCUGUACAAAAACGGUCUUAUCAGCGGCAUUCAUGUAAAUACUGUUUAGAUCAAUUCGCCCACGAUCAGAGAAAGCUGCCACGAAGCAUUCUAUUUAAUCAUGAUGUAGAGCGUCCUACGGCUGGCUGUGCUAAGUAUUAGCUAACGCCUUAAUGAAACGACGGCUAAUGUAAGAGGUGCGCUAAAUCAGUGCAGCAAAACGACCGCACGUACGUAAAAAGAGUUCACUGAUAUGGGGAUGUACGCCGUAUUUUACAAAAAGGGUUUGUUCCGAAAGAGAAAUGCCAUACACAGGGAUACCAUGCAUCUACAUGAAGUUCGAUCAGAUGACUUCGUUUAUCGAUAACUUUAACUGUGUGUACUACAUAUGUAUGAAUAAGUUAUGAAGUUUAGGUAUGUAAUGAACUAUAAAAAUGGAAAGUUUUUUUAAAAGUGAACUGAUUCGAGUAAUAUCACGUCUGUGAGUCGGAGGCGGAUGAAUGAGGUCCUGGUCGAGCUUUGUAAAGUUAGAGAGCCCAGCUAGCGUGCUUAUACAGUUUUUACCGAUUAUGAAAGUGAGGAGCGAAAACCUUAUUGCAUUGUUAUUGACACAAAUAAACUGUAAAUUGUACAAAAGUGA